AUGUCUGUCACUCCCCAGGUCGCCUCCUUCGUCAAGGACCUCUACGCGCGCUCCGACGUCGGCCCCGAGGGCCACGACGCCUAUGUCGACCUCUACCUCCCGGACGCGACGCUCGUGAUGGACAAGGUGCAGUUUGACGGCCAGGCCGGCGUGCGCAAGUUCCGCGAGGCCGGGUGGGAGAAGGUCGCGACCCGCCACCACGUGUGCAAGGGCAUCUUCCCGAGCCCCAGCAACCCGGACGAGGUCAUGACAUACGGUACCGUCGACUAUGGAUUCAAGGACGGCAGCAAGAAGGACGGCAUCGAGUUUGCGACCCGCCUCGUUAUGGACCAGAGCGGGAAGGAGAUCAAGAUCAAGUUCUACCAGGUCUACAUUGUGAGUGGUCCCGGGCGGGCGAGAGCGAGCGAGCGAGACGCUCGUUCCGGCCGUCCGCAAGGUGUCUGA